UUAUGUUAGCUCUUAUGUUUAUUAAUAUAAGUGGUCGGGGGGCAAACGCCGUCACCAAGGAGUUUUGGGUGGGGAACUGCUCUAAUGGAAACGCAAACAAGCGUGUAGGACUGCAACUCUGUCUAGUGGUCUCAACUCUAAAUUGUCAUGGUUUUGGUCCACUUAUAAACUCGGCCAGAUUUCUAGAUAUGAGAGCUGCUCCAUCCAAAGUGGGAUGAACGCCGUAUCAGACCAGGUCUUCCCCAGAAAGUCCGCCAAUUAUCUACAAAGUCCACAUCAUUAUUCAGCUGGAAACAAAAAUUGCUGUGCCUCAGACUUCCUUUCUAACACCCCUAUUAGACAAGAAUGCAAUAACCCCUUAGCCAUGACGUCUUAAGACUAGAAAAUCUACCGCGUUAACGCGUCAAUUUUUGUUGUGUUAAGGCGUAAAGAUGUAGCGUGUUAACACGACCAAAUUCUACGUGUUAAUAUGCAUUUUAAUGUAGUCUAAACAAGAAAUAUCUAAGAAGCAAAUGGCCUUCCAUAACCCCGUGGUCCCUGUCAUCCCCAUGUCUCGUGACGUAAGAGUCGCCUUUAAAAGAUGCUGGUUAGCGGAGCAGAGCGCUCUUUACGCAACACUGCGGGAGUCUUCACUGUGAGCGCGGAUUACAAUUCAUCAAAAAGUGGUGACUUGGAGAUGACAGACUUCCCCAAACAUAAAAUAACAGUCAGGAAAAGGCUGAGUCUUGUGUAAACUAAUGAAUCAUGACAGCAUUGCCGAAAUAUUAAGGCGUCAAAAGAAACUGGUGCGCACAUUGAAAUGUGCUGAAUGCCGAGAAGAAGACGCGCGAUGCGACAAAGUAACAGGUGGCACUUCAUGGUUUCUAGCCUUUGAGUCAAUGUCAGUUUUCUAUGGGCGAGUUAGCAGCUAGGCUACAUGCUGUCAACAUCAGUGGAGCAAUGUGCGUUUUGAAAACAUAAAGGGUCGUAUGUGCCAAAGGAAAAAAACAGCAUGGAGAAAGAUUUAAGAAGGAAGACGCUAUUCAUAAACUUUCCAGGUGAGCAAAGUGACGAACUCGAACUACCAAAACGGCUCCAGAGUGAGGACAAGCUCCGAUGAAUGGACAGCAGAAUGUUUUCUGGUCAGGCUGGUCUGAAUUACAGCUUCAACCUGAGCGAUGACCGGGAGCUGGUGGACACGCCGGCGGGCAGUGGGAAGCUCUCCCCGACGGGCUUCGUAGUGCUGUCCGUGGUGCUGGGCUUCAUCAUGACUUUUGGCUUCCUGAACAACUUCAUUGUCCUGCUCCUGUUUUGCAAGUUCAAGAAGCUGCGAACACCAGUGAACAUUCUGUUGCUGAACAUCAGUGUCAGCGACAUGCUGGUGUGUUUGUUCGGCACCACACUCAGUUUCGCCUCCAGUGUCCGCGGGAAGUGGCUGCUGGGGCGCAGCGGCUGCAGCUGGUACGGCUUCAUCAACUCCUGCUUUGGUAUUGUGUCGCUGAUCUCUCUGGUGAUCCUCUCCUACGACCGCUACAGCACUCUGACUGUAUACAACAAGCAUGGGCCAAACUACCGCAAGCCCCUGCUGGCUGUUGGGGGCUCUUGGCUGUACUCCUUGUUCUGGACAGUGCCUCCUCUACUGGGCUGGAGCAGCUAUGGCAUAGAGGGGGCAGGAACCAGCUGCUCUGUGUCCUGGACAGUUCAGACAGCCCAGUCGCAUGCCUACAUCAUCUGCCUUUUCACUUUCUGCCUGGGUAUACCUGUCCUGGUGAUGAUCUACAGCUAUGGCAGGCUGCUAUGGGCAGUCAGACAGGUGGGUAAGAUCAGAAAGACUGCAGCUCGGAGGAGAGAGUACCACAUACUGUUCAUGGUUCUGACCACAGCAGUUUGCUACCUGUUGUGCUGGAUGCCUUAUGGUGUCGUGGCUAUGAUGGCAACAUUCGGCCCACCCAACAUUAUUAGUCCUGUGGCCAGCGUGGUGCCUUCACUACUGGCCAAGAGCAGCACUGUCAUCAACCCUCUCAUCUACAUUCUUAUGAAUAAACAGUUCUACAGGUGUUUCCUGAUUCUGUUUCACUGUGAUCACUGGUCAUCAGAGAAGGGCACUACCUCGAUGCCCUCCAAGACCACGGUAAUCCAGCUUAACCGCAGAGUCUACAGCAACACAGUGGCCUGCACCGCCCAGAUCUCAAAUGACGCUCUCAACCAGUGCUGCAGCACCCCGGCCACCAAGCACACAACUCCCCCCGGGGUCACAACCUGAGCCUGAAUAUUCUCAACAUGACCAGACAGGAAACGCAGUGAUGAUGAAGCAGCAAUGGUUAAGCUUGACAGCUAUACUUUCAAUGUGAACUGCUGUGGAACGUGGGCUAAAGUAUGACGCAUUUAGAAAGUAAAUGUAGUGUAUAUGUGAACUUGUGUUUGUACAGAAAGGAACAUUUUUUGUGUGUCCAUUGAAUUUGAGUUUUUGACAUGUACGAGAGUACAAAAUGUUGGAAGAAAGACAUGUUUUAUAGACACUAUAUGGCCAAAGGUAUGUGGACACCUGAACAUUACAUCCAUAUGUAAUUGCUGAACAUCUCAUUCCUAAACCAUGGGCAUUAAUAUGUUGCUAUAACAGCCUACACUUUUCUGGUUUCAGGCUUCCCACAAGGUUUUGGAACCUGGCUGCAGACAUUGUCUCCCAUUCAGCCACAGUCAGCUUCCGAUUCAUCCCAAAAGGUGUUCGAUGGGUUUAGGUCAGGGCUCUCUACAGACCAGUCAAGUUCUUCUACAGGGGUAUAGGGUUUGGGUUAGUCAAUUCAUUACUCAUCAUCGUUUGUAAUUGUGCUGCUGUAAAUGUCAAAGCUAGUUGUACUGGAAAAUAAUAAUAAUAAUAAUAAUAAUAAUAAUAAUAACGCUAAUAAUAAGAUUAUUAUUAAUUAUUAUUAUUAUCAUUAUUAUUAUCAUCAUCAUCAUCAUCAUCGUUAAGGCUGUAAUGUUGUGCUUGCAGAAUCCGACCUUAUCCUAAAUUUAACUUUCAACUUGUAUAUAUUUAAAAUGUUAUAACUUUGGUCUGCAUGGUAGGUGUUAAUUUUAUUUAUUUUUAUUUCUGUGUUAGUGUUCCUUCUUUUGAAGUAGUUACUUUGUGUUAUUGUGUGGUUUUGUUGCAUGCUUCUUUGUACAUUAAAUUUCAAACUGAUCAGAAAUCACGGCAAGACAAACAGUUACUUACACCGGCAUUAAAGGGCUCCACCCUCUCUAGGAAUGAUUAGUCACACACCUGUGGUCUCACUAGGAAGUAAAAGCCAUGUCACAGAGACUGGAGGCCAUGGGAGGUUUCCAUCAUGGAGCUUCUGGCCUGUGAGACGACGAUGGCGAUUACAGCCAUGACGGGUUAAGGAAAGGGGAGCACAAGGAAAGGGAUAUGGGAUGCCAAAUAGCUCAUAUUUCACCUGCUUUUAGUUUUGACUGCCAGGAGGGGAGAGGCCAGUCUGAGAUGGGGAAAAAAGUUGUGAUGUUUGACUACAAGAUAUACAGUAUAAUUAGCCAAACAUUAAUGGUGUGCCAAGAAGAUUCCAUGUGAUGGCUGAUUAGAACCCAUACCACACCUGGGCACACGGCUGUGAUGCAACACACUCAGAGCUAAGUCUCCUGAAUGUGUGCAGAAGUUUUUCACAGCAGUUGACAUGUGGUUUAGAGGGUCUCUCCACAGCACUCUAGACAAGAAAAAACAGGAUGCAACAUCAGGGAAUUGGAAUACACAAAACUGCUGAAAUUUAAUGGCCCCGAGUUCACAAAGCACUGUGCCGAUAUCAAGCACGUUUGAUAAAGACUGUACUUGCUCAAGAUGUGGUUGCUUCGCUCUGAAACAGCAAUGGCUGACCUUCUCACUGCAGGGUGGUGAUGAGACCCGAAUGAGUAUUCUGACAAUCUGACUUAAGCCCGUCUGUAAACUGACUUGACAGUUCAAACUGUGAAUGGAUGCUAACCCUAAGUGACUCUAAGGAACAGGUAGUCGUUUUAUUGUAUGUUAUUGUAUGUUGGUUUUAAUUGUUUUAAUAAAUAUCAUUGCUGUAGAAGAGAA